UGACGCUACGAGAAUUUCCGAGUGGCGGAGAAGCGUCGCGAGCGUCGCGAGAGCCUCGAUUUCGUCGCCAUGACGAAAAUUCGCGAAAAAUUAUCUAUUUUCUUCGAGUCAAUAUUAAAACGUCUCUCACUCUUCCACAUUAGCCAUUGUCUUUUUUCGUUAUUUAUCCAACACAACAGUUAUUAUCAUCUUUUGUGUCCUUAUUUAGAUACUACUACUACUACUACUACUACGUGCAGAAAAAAUGCCAAAGGAAAAUGUUGUUGACGGACCAUCGGUUAUUUUCAAUAACGUGACCAUUCGACCUGUUUUCCAUUCUAAUUAAUAUAAUAUACAAAUAUAUGUAUAUAUAUAUAUAUAUAUGUUAACAUAUCAGGUGCUUGGAAUUCUCAAAAAUGGCUGAAGAUAUUCGUGUAAGAGUUGCGUGCUUCCUGAUUAUCGUUUCGAUCGUCCUCUCCGAUGGUCAAUUAAUGACGAAAGAACAUCGAACUAAUGCUGCUUCCGAACGGCCGAACAACUUAUGGUGUUAUCAGUGCGAUUCUAUGGAAGAUGGGGAUCUAUGCUCCGAUCUUCCCUAUAAUCAUUCUUCCUUUAUUCACAAAUGUAAAGACGAUAAAAGAAUUUGCAUGGUUAAACGAUUCUCUUACACGACGAGUACGGAAAAUUCAACUUCGAGUCCUCACGUGUGGUCUUUGGAAAGAAACUGCACGAGUAAAUGCGAACCUGGUUGUAUAGUGAUCGGUGAAAGAACGAAGCUUUACGCUUGCACGGCCUGCUGUGAUAAAUCUUUAUGCAAUACCGGAACCGGAACUGCCAACGAUCUUACGAUGAAAGAAAUAAAUUUUCUUUUAGCGCUUAUAUUACAAAUCGUUUUAACAAUCACCAUGUAUUCGUCGUGACAAUAUCGAUAAAAUAACAUAUAUUAAGUUUUA